AAGCGAAAGCUCGCAAGGACCGGGACAAAGACUGUCUGGGUAAAAUGCGCUGGAAAGACUAAGACCGCGUUACCGCUUCAUGAAGAUUCCAAGGACUCCCAAUACCCACCUUUUGUCGUAUUUAAGGUCAAACCAUCGAAGAUCGAGCAUCGACGUCAGGAAAAUACCGCGGUUCGUCAUGGUUUUAGUAUGGCCAUGUGGAAGACCGGCGUCUCGCAAGCACAGCAAGAUUACGGUAUGAAAAUGUAUGCAAAUGACAAAGGUAAAGUCUCGUCGUACUUCAGAUAUAUUUGCAUUGAUUUUAAACGAUUCUGGGAUGUUGAAAACUACACAGGCUGGUGGAACGGUCCGUUGACAAUUGAUUAG